AUGAAAAGGCCGUCUUUUUUGAGCCUCCUCCUACUGUUAUUAUUGAUCGUUUUGAAUCGGAAUUUGGUCGAUGCUUCAGUGGUGAGUAAAGUUUACUGUAUCGACGAAAUGACAUUAUUUCGCUUUGUUGGCUUAUAAGGAUCUGUUUUACGUCGGAAGUAUUUGAAAGUUCUCAUAAUUUCCAGAACCGAAAGAUCGAAUGCUCGAACUACUCGUCGCCAGUGACAGUAAUCCCGCCGAUAGACGGUCCCUCACCGCUUCUCCUCGACUUUCGACUUCUUUCCGAUGAACAAGUUAUUUUUUUCCUAGUUUUAAGACAAUUUUAAGAUAAAACAAUAUCCUUGCAGUUGUGUGAUUCUCGGCGGAAGAUUCCAAAGUUCAACAAAUUACACAUUGGACCCGCGAGUUAUGUGACCACUUGCGAGCAGUGUCCGCAGUGAGUAAAUGAUCUCUGUUUCGGAAAAGUGUUGAAGAUCCGUGUCGUCCCGAGUCGAUUCUGUUUCUUCUCAUUUCGCAAUUGGAAAGUUGUGGAUCUCAGCUGCCUGUGGAGAUAUCAAAAUGUGGUCAACAGAUAAAACGUUCAGAAUAUUUAAAGAAGCAUUUUAUUAGUUGACAACUUCCUGAUAUCUCUACAGACAACUGAGAUAUAUCGUCUUGAAUGGAUGGUAUUGGGGAUGGUAUCACCCGUUGUUUUAUUGAUCUUUGACACGCUCAAAUUCAGAUGUUUCUUCACAAUGCCCAACCAAUUCGAACUCCCUCUCUCCUGGUCGAUCGACCGUCUCUUCGUCGUCGCCAAAUCGCAACCGCAUCAUCAGGCGGCGACGGACGUUCCGAUCCACUUCGUGCUCGUCGACAGAAUGCCCGCCGUGCCGCUUCGAAACUGCAAAAUCUUCGUUCCGGGAAUGAUUCCUCCGAUUUCCGACAACUUCCAGCUCAAAUUCCUCAUGGGAUUCUUUCUUUCCGCGUUCGGAGUCAUGCUUCUGAUAAGGUGUUUCUGUAUUAAGACCAGAUAG